AUGACACAUUCUUACAGUCAGCGGUCCGUCGUUGUCUUGUCUCUACUGGGGAUUCUAUCGGCCAUUAUGUCCGUUUUAUCGGUCAUUCUGAUCUUCCAGCUGCAGCCUCAACACACGGCCGUCAGGGAGUCCACCCCGUCGGUCGUGCCCCCUCACGUCAGGGCCUUCCUGCCGCCGGUGUCCACGGUGCUCUCGGCUCUGUCGCUCACCCUCAACCUUAGCGCCGUGGUGGUGUGUCUCCUACACGGCUACUUUUCCACUGAAGUUAGUCGAGGAGAGCUGGACACCGAAAGAGCAGACAGGUUCCUAUUGGACAGCAGAGCCGUGCGACAUGUGGCCAUCGGACUGUUCUGCCUGGGAGUUUCGGUCUAUUUAGCAGCAAUGUCCAUUUUUAUGUUGCUCAUAUUUGAGGCAGAGACGGGUGUCGCCAGCGCUUGCGUCCUGGCCUCCGGCAUUUUGAUCCUUCUAGUGGUGGUGAUCCACUCUCUCGUCAAGGUCUCCCGAGUAGCUAAACGCGGCAGUGUAGACCAUCUCGAAACGCUCUUUUGCAACAAGCACAGAAGCAGCAACAACAGCCCCGUGUCUUGGCCCUGCGAGCUGAAAAUCGGCGUGGACAAACUGCGAGUGCCCCGCAUACCGUCGCACCUCCAGCAUCACAUGUCGUUCACACCGCCCAGCAGCCCCAGACACCAGCGGCAGCACCACCCGCAGGAAGAGUACUCCCCCGUCGGAGAAGAAUUGCAAGGCCACUCGAGCAACGUGGACGGCCACAGUGGCGGCGGCAGCUGUCCUCGGUCACACAGGAGCUUAUCUUCAGACUCGGUUUUACUAAAGGCUAAACCCUGGAAUGGUGUCAACAACGAGAUGAGGAGUGUCCUGGCCCGCAAAUCGGGGAUUAACGCAAAAGACUCGACGCUUGUGUGAAGAAGAGGAUUUCAAUAAGUGAGUGUGGAAACGCAACUGACUCUUAAUACCUUUAAGGAUUCCAGACCACAUGGAAAUGGAGCUAAAAAUCCACUCAUGACUCUAUUAAGCUUUUUAAAGUUGACUGAUAAAUUAAUUAAAUUGUGAUAAUCUAUUGGAUAUUAUUUGUAAUAUACUUUUAUGCAGUAAAGUAUGCCAUGAGAGAUUAUCAAAUGUGCCGCAGAAAAUUAUUUUCACUUAAUUUGUCUGAAAAUGAUAUUUAUUUUUUUACUACAAAUGUAUUUCCGUUCAUCUGUCUAUGCUAGGCACUUAUCGUGACAGUCAGAACAAAUAAAUGCUCAACAGGCCCAGAUUUGAAGUCAAUGUGACUAAAUUGAGAGAAUCGUCAUCAUUAUUUCAUUAUAUAUACAUUUUGUGACCUUUUUUUGAAAAGGUGUGUGUGUGUGGGGGGGGGGUG